CGGUCACCCCCUGAAGAAGAGGAGGAGAGGAGAGGGGAGGAGCCUUCAUCACUGGCCUGCAGGUGCGCCGGGUCCUCAAAUCAAAUGCGCGUACUCUCUCCCACCUCCCGCCCGGCUGCUUAAAAGCCCAUUCUCGGUGCCGCCUCUGACCUCACCUCACUCCGGUGCAACGCCUCGCACUCGCAGUGAUAAUACCCUCUAGUAUCUUUCUUACCACUAGUAGGAGGGCCGAGGACCUGCUGCUGGAGUGGUUGUUUGUCUGGUAGAGAGGAGAGGAGAGGAGAGGGAGAUGGAAGGAGGAGGCGCGGAGGGCGUGACGAGGGUGCUGGUGGUGGACGACUCCCCGGUCGACAGGAAGGUGGUGGAGCUGGUGCUCGGCAGCAACACCUUCGCCGGCUCCUUCCACGUCAUCGCCGUGGACAGCGCCAAGAAGGCCAUGGAGUUCCUGGGGCUCAAGGACGGCAAGGAGCAGGCCGUCGACAUGGUGCUCACUGACUACUGCAUGCCUGAGAUGACUGGCUACGACCUCCUCAAGGCCAUCAAGGCCAUGAGUCCUCUCAAGCCCAUCCCGGUGAUCGUCAUGUCGUCGGAGAACGAACCCCAGAGGAUCAGCAGAUGCCUCAAGGCUGGUGCUGAAGAUUACAUCGUGAAGCCUCUUCAGAGCAAGGAUGUGCCGCGCCUGAGGAGCUGCUCGAACGCGAAGCCGAAGGACCCUCCAUGCAGCACUGUGAGCAAGAGUGCGGACCACAUAGCUGCUGUCGACGGCAAGUCGUCGCUCCGACGGCGAGCACACCUCACCGAUAUUGCCAUGGUUCUCCACUCGUCGAGCGCCGGGCUCUCGCACUACUUCCCGUUCCUCUUCAAGUUCAUCCUGCUGGUCUACGCCAUCCUGUGCGUCGGCGAGCUCCUGCACAGAUGGUCCAACGGCUGCUUCCUCUCCUACCUGAGGUGAUGGUGCCGCGGUCCAGUGACAUGCUGCAGCUCUGCAAAGAGGAGUAGCUCUUGUGUCGUAGCUUAUGAGUGAGCAGUGAACCUCCAUGUUUCAACAACCAUGGAUGGAGCUUUAGGUAGUAGAUUCGUUUGCUUUGAGAUUCUAACCGGGCGGGCGUCGGUUCUUUGCCUUGUUGGGCUGAUGAGUUGAGGAAGAACCCCUUGUAUCCAUCCUUGUACAAAACGCACAAUGAGGCAGGCAGUAUCUGAUGUCCCUUUUGGCUUGGA